GCAGUGACGCAUUGCAGGUGCGCGACGGCCAAUCGGCGCGCGCCGAACUCCGCUCCACGCCGCCGCACCCGCCCGAUAUAAAACCGACUAUCCUUUGCGGAUCAAAUUUAAUCCUCUGUCGUGCGUCCCGAGACAUGGACUUGAAAGUCCGCGAAACUCGCGUUUGAACGUUUCCCGCCUCCGGUCGAGUGACACGAGCCCCCCUGCGCUUGGAACACGGAUAUGAGAGUGCGACGCAUCGAGUAGUCGAUUCGGAACGAUUCGCGCCCGAACCCGUAGCGAAUCGCGGUCGCGAGUUUCCCGGCGCGGCCGCUCGCGCGAGAGAGGGCGGCAGUAUCGUUUCAACCGUCGGUCCGUGCGGUCGCUUUUGCGGCGUAGUCUGUGAUUUUUUAGUGUAGCUCCAGAUAAUCCAAGUUAAUCUACGAUGGCCGAUCAACUGACAGAGGAACAGAUCGCCGAGUUCAAGGAGGCGUUCUCACUGUUCGACAAAGACGGCGAUGGCACCAUCACGACCAAAGAAUUGGGCACCGUGAUGAGAUCCUUAGGACAGAAUCCCACAGAAGCCGAGCUUCAGGACAUGAUCAACGAGGUUGAUGCUGACGGCAACGGCACGAUAGACUUCCCCGAGUUCCUCACGAUGAUGGCGCGCAAGAUGAAGGACACCGACAGCGAGGAGGAGAUCCGCGAGGCGUUCCGUGUGUUCGACAAGGACGGCAACGGAUUCAUAUCGGCUGCCGAGCUGCGCCACGUGAUGACCAACCUCGGCGAGAAGCUCACCGACGAGGAGGUCGACGAGAUGAUCCGCGAGGCGGACAUCGACGGCGACGGUCAGGUCAAUUACGAGGAAUUUGUCACCAUGAUGACGUCGAAGUGAGCCGCCGGCUAGUGUGUGUGUAAAAAGCAGAGAAUUUAAAUAUACAUUUUGUUUCAUGACACACAAUAUUACCAUCGUAUUGGACCUGCAUUUCUCUAGUGUUUGCGAUAUAAAUUAAUAUUGUCAUCGUUUCAGUUUAACGUGUAAGGCGCGGCGCGGCCCGCCUCCGCCUCCUCUUUUUAUUUAGGUUUAAAGUAUUCCGUUAAUUUUACUAUGUAAGAAAAGUUUUAACUGUAGCGGUACAAAGGGAAACGAAUAGGUGUGCGUCGCAAUGUGAUGGUAUAAGUCUCGGGUUCGUGUCGGCUCAUAAUUUAUAAUAUAAUAUGUGUAUAUUUCUAGCGGGCGGGGUCCGGCCCGGUCCGCGCCGGUCCGGCCCGGUCCGGUCUGUAUAAUUACUCGUAUGUAUGUGUGCGUGCGUGCCUCUGUUUGCGUCGCGCCCUAGUGUAUGCGGUGCUAGCGUCCGCACCUUUCCGAUACAUUUUAAUGUAAAUUUUUUUCAAGUAUGAGAUAUUUAUAAAGUACGUGAGGAAAUAAAAUUUGAAAAUCCAAAAAAAUGCAGCGUGCCGUGUGUCGGUGCCGUGUCGUGUCCGGCGCGGCGCCGUGCCGUGUCCGUGUCCGCGCGGCACGCGAACGCCUCUACUGACUACUCCCUGUACAUUGAUCAUAAUAAAUGUUUAAAUGUUAACUAACUCAGUAAACGAAUAAAUUAGAUUUAUCGGUACUGCAUUAAUUGUAUGUGUAAAUGACUUGAUAAAAUAUUAUAUUUCUAUUGUUGGUGAAACUAAUUCUAUCGAAAUGGUAAAGUAAUCCGCUCUGUUAUUCUCUUACCACGUUUGAUUCAUUCUGUUAUUAAAUUUUACAAAAGACAUACUGAAAAUAAAUGUUUCUUCAUUUUUAGGUCAAUAAUCA